AUAAAGUUAGAGACAUCACAUAGUGAUGAUCAAGACAAUGUCAACAACAUCAAAUCUGGUGUUGAUUCAAUCAAUAAUAAUAAUAACAACAACAACAACAACAACAAUAAUAAUUAUAAUAAUAAUAAUAAUAAUAAUAUAGAUAAAGGAGUCACCAAUGACAAUAAUAGUAAUAAUAACAAUAAUAAUAAUGAUAUAGUGGAGGCAAGAUUAGCAUAUAAUAAGCUGCGAGAAGCUAUAAAGACACCUCUUAUAAAUCAGCAACAGCAGUACUUGGUAUCAAUCGUCACACAGGUCACAGUCGAUCGUUUGGACCGCGUUGUUCUGAUGGCACAGCGUUGGAAGGCACCAAUAUCGGCCGCCGUCUUUAUCAAGGACCCGGCCACCGAGCUGCCUCGUCUGCGCUCCAUCAUCGAUGCCAACCCGGCACUCAAUCAAUACGUCGACACUCAUCUGCUGUUUGCCAACAAGACGCGAUACCCUGUCAACUCGCUGCGCAACCUGUCCAUCAAGAAUGCGCGCACCGACUUUGUCCUGGUCAUGGACGCAGACUUUGUCCCACCCGCCGGCAUGCACAACUACCUGACGCAGUACGUCAAGAAGGCACAAGAGUCUGGAGAAAAGGUGGCAUAUGUCAUGCCAUCCUUCUCCUCCUCUGCCGAUCCAGGCAUCCUCCCCAAUGACAAACCUACACUCCUUGAAAUGAUUGCAUCAUGGAAAGUUGAAGCAUCAAACUUGGAUGUUUGUCCAAAGUGUCAUUCCCCAACCAACUAUACACGAUGGUACACUGAGACAGUGCCCUACGAGAUUGAUUAUCACUGGGUCUACGAGCCUUACCUGCUCUUUAACAGAUCUAAAGCCGAUCUAUUCGAUGAGCGAUUCAAGGGUUAUGGAUUCGACAAGAACUCUCAUGUGUUCUCAAUGGCCGUGGCUGGAUACAAGUUUGUCGUGCUGCCCAAUGCCUAUAUCAUCCACAUCAACCAUCCCGUUUCACUGUGGGAGGGUCCAGGCAUCAGUGAUCAACUCUGGGAUGCACUGAACGUCGUAUGUUCAAUGAUCUCUGAAGUCAAGGUGAAGAAUCACAUCGAUGUCAAUACCAAGGUGUUUGACGAGCCAUUGCCAAGCAGUUGUUAUUCUGUUAGCCAUUGGUAG